AUGCAGUAUACUUCCCCCUCUGAGGAUCCCGCAUUGAGACCGCAACCAAACGACGACCCCGACGAUGUCAUCUUCACGAACAACUACGGCGUCCGCUCUAUCGAGCUUAACCGGCCGAAGAAGCUCAAUUCCCUCGACGGCUCCAUGGCCCGCAAAAUCAUCCCGCGGCUUCAAGAGUGGGCAAAAUCUGAGUUAGCAGGCGUCGUCGUUAUAAAAGGUUCAGGUCGCGCUUUCUGCGCUGGAGGUGAUGUCGCCGCGCUCGCGAAAUGGAAUCAAGAGGGUCCCGAAGGCCAGAAGCGAAGCUCCGACUACUUCGCCCUCGAAUACAAGCUGGACCAUAUGAUUGCGACCUACACGAAGCCCUACGUAGCCUUCAUGGACGGCAUCACCAUGGGCGGCGGUGUGGGACUGUCCAUCCACGCGCCUUUCCGUAUUGCGACCGAAAACACACUCUUCGCGAUGCCGGAGACCACCAUUGGCUUCUUCCCCGACGUUGGCGCAUCCUUCUUCCUCCCGCGCAUGGAGGGCGCUCUAGGCACCUAUCUCGCACUCACGAGUGAGCAGCUCAAGGGCGUGGACGCCUUCUACCACGGCAUCGCAACGCAUUACAUCCACAGCUCCACUCUACAAGCCCUCGAAUCCCGUCUCGCCGAACUCCAGUUCCCGGAUUAUAUGAGCCUCCAAGACCGCUUCAAGAGAAUCAACGCCACCAUUGAGGAAUACGCUACUGGUCUGCCAGCACCGCGCCCGCAUAUCUCAGGCGCGUUGAGGCAGACGAUCGAUAGGGUGUUCCACCGGGACCAGCCCAGCAUCGAAGCCAUCCUCGACUCUCUCGCCGAAGUCCGUGACCAGAGCCCUUCAAAGGAAAUCAAGACGUGGGCCACCAAGACGCUGGACACGCUGCAGACACGCUCCCCGAUCGCCGUCGCUGUCGCCCUUCAACAGAUGCGUGUCGGUCGUCGCUGGUCCAUCGCCGAGACUUUCCAGAGGGAACACGAUAUCGCUACGCAUUUCAUGGCGCACCCGGAUUUCGUCGAGGGUGUAACGGCGAGGCUCGUUGAGCGCAAGAAAGAGCGCCCGAACUGGAAGCCGAACACGCUCCAGGAGGUUAAGAUGGAGCAGGUGCAUGAGUUCUUCAGCAGGAGCGAGGGCAAGCCGGGGCUAAACCUGCUCAGCUCGGCGAACUACGACGAAUAUCCGCAUGCGUGGAUUGGGCUGCCAAAGGACGAGGAGAUCUGGAGCGAGGCGAGUGGGAAGUCACCUGAGGAUGUUGUUGCGACGUUGUUGGAAAAGUACGAGGGGAAGCAGGGUGUAAGAGAGAAGGUUGCAGAGGCAUUGGAGAGAUUAAGAUAG